CGUGGUACUGGCAGUCAAUGGAGAAGUAUGGAAGGGGAGUAAAGUGCUGGUUGUGAUCUGCAGUAAAGUAUGCGUUUUUAAUACUUACCUUGUGCUGGAAGAAUACACGAUGGAAAACACCGUGACGAAGAGGCUGCGCAGCAGGACGGUGAUGCGGUGGGUGUCACUAGGGGUUCUGACCUACGUGUAUGUGGUGGGGGAGCUAAGCCACUUUCUGCUGGGGAUCGUGUCUAGGCCCAUGAGCCAGGAACUCCACUACGGCGACCAUGCCUGCCUACCUAACCCCAACCUCUCGAACAAGUCUGACGAAUGCCGCCCGUUAAAUGAAACCAGUUGUCCUUUGCUCCUGGAGGACGACAAAAAUUCGACUUGCGUGUGGGACUACUCUGGCCUGGGGCUGCAGUAUCAGGUGCUGGCAGGACCUGCCUUCGUAGCCGUCUUCACCACUGCCGGUGUCAUCAUUGGUAUCAUCUCCGACAGGUUUAACAGGAAGACAGUAGUGACAGUAUGUUGUGCGGCAUUGACGCUGGCAACGGGGCUCACAGGUGCUGCUAUGAGUUACUGGCAGCUGGUUGUCUUCAGGAUGGUCAUGGGCGCUGGGGAGUCGGCCUUCACACCCACUUGCAGUAGUAUGAUCUCUGAUAUGUUUGAUGAGUCUCUCCGUGCCCUAGCGCUGGCAAUCUUCAACUGGGGGGUCUACUUCGGCUAUGGUCUCUCCUACGUUGUGGGUAACUUCAUCACUGCUGCUGACAUUGCCAAUAUGGGAUGGAGGUGGUCAUACAUUAUAACCGAUGGGGGCGUAUUGGCUACUCUCCUACUCUUCCUAAUAGUGAGAGAUCCUACCCGUGCCAGCCAGGCUGAGAGCAAGUCAGGCAUACAACCCACUAAACCACUCAGAACCAUCAGCACCAUUUCGGGCGACUCUGAAGACAGUGACGUCGAGUUCACAGACAUCAAUGGGAAGAACAUUGUGACAUCGCCUACGGGCAGCCAGGCAAAGGAGGGGCUUUUGAGAAGACAUUCUGGUCCGAAGGAUGUGGCUAAGGCUCUCUGCAAGCCUCCGCUGCUGAUGCUGACUUUUGCUGCCUGCAUAAGACAUACAGCGGGCUUCUCAUGGGCAUACAACACUCAGCUUUAUUUCCUCACCUACUACCCUGGCUUCAACAUCGGCUUGUGGGUGAUGAGUGCCUCUAUAAUUGGUGGGUCACUGGGAGUGACUGUGGGUGGAUUCGUUUCUGACAAACUGGUCAAGAGGAUCGGCAUCCGUGCUAGGCUGUACGUACUGGCUGCGAGUCAGCUAAUAGCAACGCCUUUCGCCGCUGGUGUGCUGUUCUUCCCUCCUCCAGGCGCCUUCUUCAGUCUCCUGGGGUCUUACAUCUUCGCUGAGAUGUGGUUUGGUGUUCUGUUCGCUGUGCUGCUGGAACUGGUGCCAAGCACAGUGCAGUCCACUUCCAUUGCCGUCUUCCUCUUCGUUAUGAACAAUGUGGGUGGUAACAUGCCCGUAGUGGUCGACCCUCUGUCUCAUCUCCUCUCCUACCGCAGUGCCCUCUAUAUCAUGUAUCCUGGAAUGUAUCUAGCAAGUUCUGUCUUCUUCUUCCUCACAAGUUUCCUGUUGUGAAGAUAGACUUAACCAGUGUUGUACAUGGUUGCUGGGAAUACCCACCUUGCUGGCAGAGGACUGCCACAUGUUGAAUUGAAAAAUAAUGCAGAUGGUCACAGAAGAUGUUGGACAGAAAGCCUAUAGAGCCUCACACAGCUACAUUAAUCAGAGAGUACGUAAUGUAUAAGACAAGAACAGGUAGUCAGGAACACAUUUGCUGAGUCUUGUACAUCUGAAUCAUCUGACACCAUCAACAGACAAUUGACCAGAAUAAUCUUAGCCUUUUAGCAACAUACAUGGGUUUAUUUAAAUCAUUAUCUUAUCUUAAAAAUGUUGGAAAUAUAAUAGUUAUGUGGUAAAAAUUAUAAGUAUUAUUUGAUUCUCUUACACAAAUAUUGUGUAUUAAUUGGCUUUGAAAAAUUUUUGAAUUUAGAAAUUCACAAAUUAUUUAAUUUUCUGAUUUGUGUUGCCUGACUUGCCUUGCAAUAGCCUUAGAUUCUCACAUUUUACGAUACCAUAAUAAUAAUAUUUAUUGAUAAAGAAAUACUGUAAUAGUACAACUUGGCAUGUACACUGCUCAGAGUUGAUGGUUCAGGAACACAUUCUUUGACCUGCAGAAUUUGUAAUAAUCAUCAUUAGUACAGUAUUCUCCCAAUUUACAAUAACUUACAAUGAUCUGCACUUAUAAUCUUGGCAUUUUGAAACUAGUUAAUUAUUUACAAACUAUGAUUCUCCCUUCCACUACUUUCGGCCAUGGCAAUAUCACUUUUGGUGAAAAGACAGUUACAGUAUUCAACAAGGCUGAAAUAUAAAUUUUUUUCUAAAUUUUUUACUAAAUUCAUUGAGAUAUUUUGUGUAUCUUCAUAUAUGCAUAUGUGGAGAAAUCAUAUUUGCUUGGUAGAGAUUUGAUAAUUACAUUUGUGUGUUAGAGGUGGUACGGAGUCAUGUCUAACACAUGGUCAGUGGCUGAGGUAGUGCCAGUUACUGCAUAGAGAAGACCAGGGCCAGGACCCAUCCUGGUGAACCUACCUGUACCUGGCUGAGGUGCAGAGGCUCAGGUCAGUUUCCUCAACCACCCUCCCUCCCUAUUCCUAUUGCAUCAUCCAUGGAUGUAAAACCUCUCACCACUUUGGAAUCUUUGUUGAGGAAACAUUUCACCACAUUAUGGCUUCACCAGUCCAGUACAAAGAAGAACAGUGGAAAUAGAGAAGGAGUUUGAGGUAAUCAAUCCCUCAGCCUGGAAUUCUUCAACAUUUAUCCAACCUAUGGACAAGCUCUAUUUACACUAGUGGAUGGUUCCACUGUGACUCUGCCUCCUCCUGCUUUAACUCGCCUGACUGCAAUGUAUAAGCUACUUCUCCUAGCAUAUGCUCUACUUUCUUCAAGAUUGAUGGACUGAACACAUUGAUUCCAGGCUGAGAGACUGAUCACCUCAAACCCCUCCUCUAUUUCCACCAUUAUUCUUUGUAUUGGACUGAUGAAGCUGCUGUGUGGUGAAAUGUUUCCUCAGUAAAGAUUCCAAAAUGUUGCACAAGUGUCUUAUUCUUCAACUUGUCAGUUUUCUAAACCAGUUUUCACAACUCUCAUCACUGCCUUCCCACGCGCACCUGAUAACUUCAACAUAACAAUGAGCAUAUGAUAGAGGGCAUAUUGGAAGUACAUGUAUUGUCUAUCUCAAAUCUUUGCUCUGCUGUAUUCCAAUAAGUACUGAUUGCUCCGAGGGUCUUCGGUGUUUAAUAUAUAGUGUUACUAAACCAUAGCAAUUAAAAGUCACGAGCUGGAUUUCUGGUUAAGGCUCGAAAUAUUUUAUCAGAAGAAAGUUUUGUAUGUAUCAAGAGGCUAUGCAAAUAGCAUGAAUAUUAUGAUUCAUGAAAUAGUAAUACACAAUUGCAAACAAACCACAGAACGAGUGGGAUUUGAACCCCACCAUGGGUUCAAACCCCACCUAUUCUGUGGUUUGGUAACAUGAAUAUUACUUGCAUUAGUAACUGGGUCAUAUUAACAUAAUGAGAGGCUGGUGUUUAAUAAUUAACAUACCAGGCAAAUGACAGACUAGGUAAAAAAAAAAAUAAUUUUUGAUCUCUCUUAUUUAAUAUUUAUUUAUUAUUAUUAAAAAACAAUACUAUUAGUUGAAUGAUAUCUUUUCAGCUCAGGUUGUCUUUAUAUCUGCAUCAUGUAGCUAUUCAAUGAGAUAUGAAGGAGAGGCUGCACUCAGCAAUAAAAAGGCAACUAGUUCAUUUUGUAUUUUUAGUAAAUUGCUUUUAAUGGACUAUUUUUCCAAACAUACCAUAAUAUAUUUCUUAAGCAUUAUCAUAUUCUGUAAUACUAUACUUUAGUACUGUACAGUGUAUUUUCUGUUUUAAGUUAUUUAGUAAAAUAUCCUGAGUUUACUUUGAGUGUUACAAAUUCUUUGGAAAAAACCUGGAUGGGUGCACAGUAAAAAAUGCCAAAUCAAACUUUUAUAAUAGGAAAAUAUGAACAGUCUGUACUUAAUUUUCAAAUGAAAUAUGAAAACAGCUGCAGCACAAAGUAGUCCAGUGGUAGCUGUCAAGUAUUUGAUAUUGUUAGUUGUCAGUGAUGUAUAAGCAUAGCACAUGUAAUUGUAUGUUAAUGGUAUAUACUCUAAAUAUUCCAGGUAUAUAUAACUGUAUACUCAUGAUAUAUGCUCAUCAUAUGGCUUAGAUGAGAUUUAUAUUGGUACUGUGAUUUAUAUAUGGUUCUGAAUGUUAUUGAAAUGACAGUAGUUUGUUGGAUUAUGUAUUGGUAGAUAAAAGACUGUUGAGUAGACUUCAGGAUGUACAUGUUUAUAGAGGGGCCACAGAUAUAUCAGAUCACUUUCUAGUUGUAGCUACACUGAGAGUAAAAGGUAGAUGGGAUACAAGGAGAAUAGAAGCAUCAGGGAAGAGAGAGGUGAAGGUUUAUAAACUAAAAGAGGAGGCAGUUAGGGUAAGAUAUAAACAGCUAUUGGAGGAUAGAUGGGCUAAUGAGAGCAUAGGCAAUGGGGUCGAAGAGGUAUGGGGUAGGUUUAAAAAUGUAGUGUUAGAGUGUUCAGCAGAAGUUUGUGGUUACAGGAAAGUGGGUGCAGGAGGGAAGAGGAGCGAUUGGUGGAAUGAUGAUGUAAAGAGAGUAGUAAGGGAGAAAAAGUUAGCAUAUGAGAAGUUUUUACAAAGUAGAAGUGAUGCAAGGAGGGAAGAGUAUAUGGAGAAAAAGAGAGAGGUUAAGAGAGUGGUGAAGUAAUGUAAAAAGAGAGCAAAUGAGAGAGUGGGUGAGAUGUUAUCAACAAAUUUUGUUGAAAAUAAGAAAAAGUUUUGGAGUGAGAUUAACAAGUUAAGAAAGCCUAGAGAACAAAUGGAUUUGUCAGUUAAAAAUAGGAGAGGAGAGUUAUUAAAUGGAGAGUUAGAGGUAUUGGGAAGAUGGAGGGAAUAUUUUGAGGAAUUGUUAAAUGUUGAUGAAGAUAUGGAAGCUGUGAUUUCGUGUAUAGGGCAAGGAGGAAUAACAUCUUGUAGGAGUGAGGAAGAGCUAGUUGUGAGUGUGGGGGAAGUUCGUGAGGCAGUAGGUAAAAUGAAAGGGGGUAAGGCAGCCGGGAUUGAUGGGAUAAAGAUAGAAAUGUUAAAAGCAGGUGGGGAUAUAGUUUUGGAGUGGUUGGUGCAAUUAUUUAAUAAAUGUAUGGAAGAGGGUAAGGUACCUAGUGAUUGGCAGAGAGCAUGCAUAGUUCCUUUGUAUAAAGGCAAAGGGGAUAAAAGAGAGUGCAAAAAUUAUAGGGGGAUAAGUCUGUUGAGUGUACCUGGUAAAGUGUAUGGUAGAGUUAUAAUUGAAAGAAUUAAGAGUAAGACGGAGAAUAGGAUAGCAGAUGAACAAGGAGGCUUUAGGAAAGGUAGGGGGUGUGUGGACCAGGUGUUUACAGUGAAACAUAUAAGU